AUGAUUUUUAGGUGUCCCACUUGCCAUGAAAUCAAAUAAUUUACCAUCAUUUUAAACAUCUUAUAUCUAGUUGUGGCCCGCCGUGGGCAUCGCCGGUUCUCCUCACCCCAUGGCCCUCGUAAAAGUUGUCAUUCUUGGUCAAAAGUCUAUCGCAAUCCGUUCUUUUUGCUCAAUCAAAUCAUCUAAUGAAACCAAAUGGACUUCCUUCCUCUUAUUGCCAGAUUUAUAUAUCUGAACCAAAAAGUCAGAACAACAUUUUGCACGUGCUCUUGUUCCAUAAUAUGCUGCAAACGUUGUAAGAUCUAAUUCACUAUUAUAUAUCUUUGUACUAAAAUUUGUUUAUGUUUCAUUUUUGUAGUUCUACGAAGCUCCAAAUAAUGCGCGGUCAGCGGCAGUUUAACAUAAUCUGACAAAAAUUAUUCAUAUACUAUUUUUAUUUUAUUCUACUUCCCUUUACCAUAUCGUUACACAAUUAUUUGCUCUUAAUUCAAGUAAAUUGCAAGCAAGCAAUGGCUUCGCACGUUACAAGCUCUCUAGUCUUCUAUAUAUACUAAUCCAACUGUUUUCUUUUUCUCGAGUCUUAAUUCAACCCUUCAACUAUAGUCUGUUUAUCAUCUUUACUUCUUGACCAAUGGCCAAACUCAGUUUCUCCCUGAUGCUCUUCUUUCUCUUUUUCUUUUGCAUUAAUAUUGGCACGGUUAAGCCAUCCAUGGCGAGAGCGACACAGUUUAAACAUUCCAGAGCCGGGAGCUUCAUUGAGGCCUCGUGUCAGACCACCCGCUAUCCGGCCCUAUGUAUUACAUGUCUCUCCCGCUACGCCAACUCCAGUAUUCAAAAUGUGCAGCAACUGGCCCAAGUGGCAUUGACAGUGAGCCUGUACAAGGCUCGUUACACAAGGUCAUACAUGUUGAAGGUGGCUAAAGAGCUCGAGGCAAUAAAAGCCAAGGAAUAUCCAGCCGUGAGAGAUUGCUUGCUACAAAUAGAUGAUGGCGUAAACCAGCUUAGCCAAUCAAUCAGGGAACUGCGCCGACUGGAUCCAAAAGCUGGGAUGACUGAUGACAUAUUUUGGCACAUAGAUAAUGUUGAGACAUGGGUUAGUGCUGCCCUAACUGAUGCUAGCAGUUGCAUCGAUGAGUUCCCGGGGCGAAGGAUGAGUAAAAUGAAGGCCACCAUUAAGGGCAAGGUCUUGAAUGUUGCACAGCUAACUAGCAAUGCACUGGCCUUAUUUCACCAGUAUGCUGCAAGGUAUCGAGCUGCUGCUGCCACCAAGAAGCCGUAAGGCUGGUCAUCCUUUUAGGAUUAUUGCCUGCCUUUUUCUUUUACCAGUCUUGUUCUUUGGUUUUCUCGUCCUAAUGUAAUGUUGAUACAUGAUAAUUCUAUUAAGUUACAAAUGUGCAUAUGAAGUUUUGUGUAAUGAGACUGAUCAUGAAAAUUGAAAAGCCACUAAUUUCUCUAACUUAAUUGGGUAAGUUCGGAAUAAUCUAAAAUGGGCAACCCAACAACUUAGACUUAAAUAAUAAAUGGCUAGAUACGAGGCAAUAAGUCCCAACAUAUCCGUACUAAAUGGUCU